AUGUGGGCAGGCGGUGGCCCGGCGGAGGAGGAAUGGUGGAUAAAGGUGGCUCUUCCGGCGUCUGGCCGUCUAGGAAGCUGCGUCGGCGAGGGAGAGUCAGGGCAUCAUUCUUCGCCGGUGAUAAAAAGCAGAGAGGAGAAGGAGAGGCGGCGGGAGAAGCGGACUGUAGAAGGAGAGGCGGUGGGCGAAGGGGAGGAGGCCUUCUGCACUUCUCCAUCUGCGACUCUGCGUGCGAAGGGGAAGGGGCGAAGGGUGAACUGGAGAAGGAGAGGCGGUGGGCGAAGGGGAGGAGGCCUUCUGCACUUCUCCAUCUGCGACUCUGCGUGCGAAGGGGAAGGGGCGAAGGGUGAACUGGUGAAGCGACGGAAGGACGAAGGAGGCGCGUUUUGGGCAGGGGUGCAGGGCUGA